AUGGGGGCGCGGCUGGGCCGGCGGGCUGGCCCCGGGGCGGGCUCGGAGGCCGGGGCGGCGGCCGGGUGCGGGCCCGCGCCCUAUGAGCGCCGGGUUCGCUGGCUCCGCGAGAUCCAGUCCACGCUCCGCGAGCGGCGGCCCGAGCGCGCCCGGCAGCUGCUGCGCCUCCUGCGCCAGGACCUGGGCCUCGAGGGGACCCUCCUUACCAGCAUCCUCUACAGGAACGUGGCCAUGCUCAAUCUGGUGGACCCCAUCUCCCAUGACCUGCUCGUGAACCUGGCCCGGGACCUGCAGUGCCCCAAGACGGACUAUGAGCUCUGGAAGUCCUCCGACAAGAUCUGCCGGCAGCUCAUCUACCACCUCACCCCUCACUCCAAGCGGCAGCGAGGGCCCAGCCUGCCCCGGAGGAAGACCCAGAGCUGCCUCAAGAGCAGCCUUCAGAAGACUCCACUGGCAGGGGAGACGGUGGACCUUUCAGGGAUCCGGCUGUCAGCAAGGGAUGUGCAGCACAUAACACGCUACCUGGGCAGCCAUGGCGCGGGCCUCGAGGUGCUGGACCUGAGCUUCACGGAGCUGAGUGACGAGUUGCUGCGCCUGCUAUUGCCCAGCCUCUGGACGCUGCCCUGCCUCACCCAGCUCCUGCUCAAUGGCAACCGCCUGACGCAGGCCACUACCCGCGAACUCACUGAGGCUGUCAAGGACACCACCAAGUUCCCCACGCUGGCCUGGGUGGACCUGGGCAACAAUGUGGAUGUGGCCACCCUGCCCCAGCCCCUGCUGGUUGGCCUGAGACGGCGGCUGAGCCAGCGCACCUCUCUCCCCACCAUCUAUGAGGGUCUGGACCUUGAGCCUGAACCUGAGGGCAGCACAUCUGGGCCCAUCACUGCUGCCUCUACCUGGGGCUCUGCAGCUGCUGUGUCAGGGUUUCAGUCCCAGGCCUGCUGCACCAGGUGACCGCCACCCCUCUGGCUCUUGCUACCUAAAAGACCAUGCUCCAAGUCCAUGGGAUGGGGAGUGAUGGCAACCCAGGAGAUUCCCCCAGCCCCCAGAGAACCAGUGUAAAUGCUCAGCCUGGGACUAAAGGAACAGGAGAAUGGGCUCAUCGGAGGCCCACGAGAUGGUCAGCCCAGGCCCAAGUCUCAGCCUUCCCUCCACAGGAGGGCCCAGUACACACCAUGCAGAACCCACAAUAAAGAACAAUGCCCCCCUCUGCCUCAGCCUUUCUGCAUCAUGGACUUCAGGGCCUCUGAGUGCCAGCUCUGAGACUGGGGUGGGGAGAAAGGGUGCAGAUAGCUGAGGGAUCCUGCCUAUCCUUCAGAGAGGGACAUACUGACCUCCCUCAUGUGCUCUCUGGGCAGGGCCGCGAGAGAGGGAAGAGUAGGACUGGGUCCAUCCUGGGGCUGGAACAUUAGAGGAGGGCUCCAGGGGCCUGGCCACCACAUCUGGGCAGGGCCUGGGCAUGUUACACAGAAAGCUGGAGAGGAGGGGGUUGGGAGAGGUGCAUCGCUCAGAAUGGAGCCCCACAGAAAGCUCAUGCCUGAGCCCAGGCUGCUGACCUCCUCAUCAGGCUGCUUGGGCUGGGACAAGACUAUACCAACAGGAGGAAAGGCUUGUUUCCCACAGGGCACAGGUCUGCUCACCAUCUCUGCUACUCACCCACCAUCACCUUCCCAACUCCGGUCCCCCCCUCCCGCCACAGCCUCCUGUACUUGGUGAGUUAAGAGACUUAUUAAAUCAGAAACAAAGAACUUGUGUGUUCCCUCCAGGCCCUGGGUGUUCAUGUACACAGUUCUUUCCUGUGGGGUACCCCAAGAGAGCAUGCAGGGGGUGGAGGUAGAUACAGCCAGCAGCAGGGGGUUUAGAAUUAGAGCAGUCCUAGGGCUGC